AUGUCUACUUCAACAACUUCCGAAGUUCAGUCCUUGAAUUCGCAGAAAGAUUUCGAUGAAUUUAUCAAAUCUUCAACGAUCGUUAAUAAACUGCUACUCGUUCACGUGGAACUCGAACAGAUUCCGGUAUGUAAAACUGUCAAUGAAGCUUUGAUAGCCAUCAGUCGGGAUAAUGAAUUUCAACAACAACUAUCCGUGUGCCGCUUGAACGCCGAUCAUUUUACGGAUUUCCUUACAUUACAAAACAUUCAUGCCGUACCAACGGUUCUCUUCUACUAUCAAACGAAGUUAAUCGAUCGCGUCGAUGGAUUCAAUCAGAGUGAUCUAUUGAAGAAGAUCAAGUAUCAUAUCAAUAAAAGCCAAAUAACAUCAAAUAAAGCCGAAUCAAAAACCGAGACCGACGCCAACGUCGAGAAGAGAAUCAAAGAAUUAUUAUCUUCAUCGGCGAUUAUUUUAUUCAUGAAAGGCACACCAAACGACCCUCAAUGUGGUUUUAGUCGUCAAGCGUGCCAUAUUCUCGAUGAACAUCAUGUUAAAUACACUUACUUCGACGUUCUCUCGGAUCAAACCAUUCGAGAAGAAUUAAAGAAGUUUUCCAAUUGGAAUACUUAUCCUCAACUGUACGUAGAUGGCGAACUCAUCGGCGGAUUGGAUAUCAUGAAACAAAUGAUUGAAAACGGCGAGUUCGAUUUGAAAUUGAGCCAACAAAAGUCGAAUGAGAAAGAAAAAGAUAUGAGAAAAUAUUUAGAAAGUUUAAUCAAUCGAGCACCGUUGAUGAUGUUCAUCAAAGGUACACCGGAAGCACCGCGAUGCGGAUUUACAAAAGAACUAUUCAAUCUGUUAAAUCAAGCAAAUAUUAAAGAUUACAAAACAUUCGAUAUUUUUCAAGAUGAAAAUGUUCGUCAAAAACUGAAGGAAUAUUCCUCGUGGCAAACAUAUCCACAGAUUUAUGUCAAUGGACAAUUUAUCGGUGGAUUGGAUGUUUUAAAGCAAUUGAAUGAAGAAGGAACAUUGGUUGAAACAUUAACAGGAAAUCGUGGCGUAGCUGUUUAA